ACUAAAUGAUAUAAUGCGUCUUUUUGUGUCUCUGGACAAAGUGAAACUCAUGCAGAGGUUAAAGGAAACGUGCAGUUCGUCUCGAUUGGUUGUCACGGGGACUUUUUAUUCAGUUUUUAAUCAAGCCACCAAUCUCCAAAUAUAUAUUGUGUCCUAUUCUAAUUGCGAUAUUUCCGACAACACUUGAAGGCAGCAUUAUAGUCCUGCCCUACCAGGAAGAAGAAGAAGAAGAGGAAGAAGAAGAAGAAGAGAACCUUAAGUGACCCAGUGUGGCCAUUCUCUUCUCGAGUCCCUGUAGUUCAGGGGCAGAGGUGAGGAGACCAAAGAAAGGAGGAUAUCGUUCUUAUUACAGGCAACAGCUGUGACAUCCGUUUGCCACAAUGGACAGUCAGGAGGUGGGGGAUUUACUGGAGGAGUGCCUCAGAGCAGCAGCAGCAGCAGCGGCUCAAAGGUCCAGCCAGCCCACUGAGGCCGAGAGGCUGAACCACCGCAGCUGCACAGACUCGCUGUCUGCCGGACUGGCCUCUCUCCUGCAGGAGGCCAUGGACAUGAAGUGGCCCUUCGUGCCGGAGAAGUGGCAGUACAAGCACUCAGUCAGUGCAAGUGACAAAACCAACCUCAGUGACCUCAUCAGCAAGCACCUGCCUCAGCUACUGGCUGUUUUAAAGGCUUCCAUUGUGGCUCGGGAAGCAAGCACUGCACUGGCAGUAGUCUUCUUGGUGGACCGUUACCUCUACUGGACAGACGAGUCCACCCGGCUGCUGAAAAUCACUAAACUGCUCCACAGGUGCCGACCUGACACACCGGUGGCGCCCCAGCUGGUCAUACGACAGGCUAGGGUCUACCUCAACUCUGGCAAACUGCAGAAGGCAGAGUACAUCCUGAGCAGCCUUAUAAACAAUUGCGGGGCCACAGGUUGUUGGGUGUACCACACUGAAAGUGACAGGACUCUUGUGCAGGCUGUUAGUGUUCAAGUGCGUGGAAUGAUUUUGCAAAAGCUGGGCCUGUGGCUUGAGGCUGCAGAGUUAAUCUGGGCCUCGCUGGUCGGCUACUAUUCACUUCCUCAGCCUGAUAAAAAGGGCAUUGGAACUUCCCUAGGCUUACUCGCAAACAUAUUGGUGUCAAUGAAUGAUGAGGACUUUCACACUUUUAGGACAAAUCAAAAUAUUGAAUUGUCCUUACUUGGAAAUGUGAGUCAUCGUCUUCUUUCAGCAGCCCAGGCAGCGAAGAUGGCAGUGGUAUACAGCCAGUACACGUCACUGUAUGUGUUGACGAAUGUGGUAACUCAAGGGACCUGCUUGUUAUCAUACAGUUUUUCAGUGGAGUGCCCCAACUCACAAAGACAGUCUUUCCUCCAGCAGGCUCGAGAGGCAUUUUCCAUCGGCUUACUCACCAAUACGGAGGGCAAGCAGGUCACCAGCAAGCAGGAGCUUCACACCUUCCUCAAGGCUGCCUUUUCCCUUACUGUCACUCACAAAUGGCUUGGCACUCCUCAGAAGGUUGUAACGCAGGCGACACAAGCUUGCCAUAAAGCUUUAGCCAAUUUCUAUGAUUACUGUCAUGCAGAUAACCAAGACAAAGAUACCCUCUGUGCUGAGAUCAUGCAACUGGUCACCCAAGUCAAGCUUCUGCUGCGAGUGGAGCCUUUCUUUAAUUCAGACAGGGGGUCUUUCAUUCCUGACAACUACAGAAACAUCGCAGACACAUCAGUAAAUUUUACUCUGGCAGGUUUCUCUAAGUUGAUGCAGAGAUUCCAGAAGUAUCAUGCAUCGCUCUGCGAGACAACCAACUCAAAUUGUAAGGGAACUAAAGACGAGCUAGAUAGGGCGAGGCUGUGUAUAACUGCGCUGGGGACAACCAUGGAUACACUCAACACAGAAUGUAGCACUGAGGCCUGCAAAGUGGCAAAAGGUACACCACAAGGAGAGGAGCCACAUCUGAGAGGUUCAGAUUCAUCUGCUGGGCAUCCACCUCAACAGUCUGACCAGAGUACCACUCAAGGAAGCACAGAUGAACUUGGCUCAUCAUGGCAGAACUUCUCCUUGAGUGGUUCAGGGUCUUCUUGGCCCAGCAGCAGUGGAUACGUAGGAAGUAGUGCCACAGAAGCGGGAGCAGAUGCCGGGAACCAGAACUGUCCGACCACUGAGGUUGACGACAGCAUGCUCCUGUUCCCUGACAAAAACAUGAAGCGAGACUUGCAUGUCUCUAGCUCUACUGUUAAUUCCCAUACAGUCCCAAGACUGGCAACACCUGCCACUUCCUCCUCCAAUGUGAGUAGUGAUUCAGAAAAGUUUGAAGAGAUCCAAGCUGGAAUAGAGACACUGGCCACUGAGGAGGAUUGGAUGAUUGAUGCUGCUGGUGUAGUGCAAAAAACAUUCCUAGCUGAUGGUGAACCACAAUCUUUAUCCCAGCUAAUUCUUAUAACAUCCUCCAGCUCUCUCGGUGACAGUUUCGGUUCCCAAUCAUCAUGGGAGCAAAUUUCCACAGACCUUACCUCCCCCACUAAAAGAAUACCUCAGCUAUCUAACCGAUCAAAAGCAGGAACCAGCCAAACCAGCAAGUCAUCUGAGUCUGAUGGGAGCUUCCUCCUCUUAGAAACACUUGAUUCUGAGACCACUGAUUCAGGCCAAGUUCCCACGAACAAGGAACAAAUAAGGGAAUCCAGAGUUUUGUCCAAGCCACAAAACGUGGAAAUGAAUGUUGACCCAAAUAUGGACACUGAAACUGACUCUGUAUCUGUAAAAGCCGCUACCAAGAGCUCUUUAGCAACCCCACACCCUAACCUUUCCCAGUGUUCCUCGACUGAAACUUCCACGGAUAGUUCAUUUGACAUAGUAGAGAUGAUUGAAGUCUCUUCCACAGAAAAAGUGAAUGUUCCUCAGAGCCCCUUGUGUUACACCUGCCAAAAUCAGAGCACCGCAGGUGAUGUUGUCCCUAAGAGACCAUAUUUGCUGUCACAGAAGGAUUACCAAGCCCUACUGGCUGGUGUUUGCCACGAUUGUCUGAUGAAGAGGUUGCACAGUGACGAGACACAAUUCAAACUUAAGGAACACAAAGCUGUCUACAGUGCUCUACAUUUGAAGUUCUCCAAAGCACAAGGAGUGUGGACGGCAAGGGAGACCUGUGUUUACAUCGGAGAGCCAAUGGGGAAGAAGGGCAAGCAGAGAACCGCAAUAUGGGUGCAGUUUUUACACCAAGAGGAAAGGUUAAGCAGUUACGUCGGGAAGGACUACCUGAAGCCGAAGCAGAUCCAGUUUCACCUGAGAGAUGUGGAGAGGCAGAUGACAGCCCAGUACUAUGUGACAGAAUUCAACAAGAGUCUCUACGACAAAGAUGUCAUGGCUCAGAUCUACUUCAUUCCCUCAGAAGCACUGUUGAUUUUGGAUGGCGAUGAGAUCGUGGGGUGUGUGUCAGUAGAGCCCUACAUGCUCGGAGACUUUGUCAAACUGACCAACAACACGGGAAAGAAGGACAAGAGUUUCCAGGCCACAGAAUAUGGCCUUGCCUUUGGACACUUCACCUACAUAUUCUCUGACUACCAGGAAGUUGUUGUAGACCUGCAAGGAUGGGUGACAGCCAAUGGCAAAGGGCUUACCUACCUCACUGACCCCCAGAUCCACUCCACCAAGACCCCUCGGGGCCCCUCCAACUUUGCUGCCAGAGGCCUCAGGUACUUCCUGGAAGAGCAACACGGACCCGAGUGUAAUGAUAUCUGCCAGCUGCUUCAACUAGCUCCAGUGGUCGGACAAACCCAUGUUCCCACCUAGAAACAUUGAGAAGUGACACAUAUUGAAAGUUUGAUUCCCCACUUAAGUGAAAAAGAUUAUGUUUCAGCUUUUAAAUAAAAUACGAGUAUAAUACAUUUCAUGCAGUUUUACAGGUUUGCACAAUUUGCAGUGUAUGGUAUUUUUCAGCAACAUUUCAACAACUAUUCAAUUAAUUUCAACCAAACUUGUUGGGAGUGAUGGGGCCCAUUCAAUUUAGGUGUGAAUGCAGAUCAAGGGGUGGAUCCCAGGAAUUUGUUUUCACUUACUUUAUCAUUGCAACAUUUUUCAACAUUUUCCUUAAUUUUUCAGUGAAUAAUGCACAAAUCUAUAUUCUUUUAUAAUUCUAGUAUAAGAACAAGACAAUGUGUAGGAUUGUUUGGCCUUGGUGGAGGUAUGAUCUCUACUGAGUGCAAUUCUAGUGUGUGUUGUUAUUUUGUUAGAGAAUAUAUAGUUAUAGUUCAUAUAGUUACUUGUCAGGGUUGUUGUUUGAAAAUGCGACAUUUUGUGAUAAAGCUUCAAAAUUAAUAUUACUUCUGUUUGAGUAUUUACUGUCUGUUCAUGACACAUGACACAGCAAAUAAAGUUUUGUACUUCACAUAACUUCAUUAGGAAAAUAAUUUACUCUGUAGGACUGAGGCAUGGAGAGUAAGGUGAAAGGUUCCAGAUACAGCCUCACCUGCACCCAGCUGUAAAUCAUAAAAAAAAUACAACUGAAAUCAAAUAAAAUGCUUCUGUUGGUU